CACCGCACCGCACCGCCCCGCACCGGCACCGCACCGCACCGCCCCGCACCGGCCGCUCCAGCGCAGCCCCGCAGCCCCAGCGCCUCCAUCUGCACCACCCUGCCAGCUCCAGCUCCAGCUCCAGCUCCAUCCUGACAGCCCCAGCGGCUCCAUCACCAACCCGACGGCCCCAGCAGCUCCAUCUGCACCGCCCCAGCAGCUCCAUCUUCAUCACCCCGGAGGCUCCAUCUCCACCACUCUGGCAGCUCCAUCACCAUUCUAACUGACCCAGCAACUCCAUCUUCAUCAUCCCAGCAUCUCCAUCACCAUCCUGACUGCUCCAUCACUAUCCUGACAGCUCCAUCACCACCCCAGCAGCUCCAUCACCAUCUCAACUGCUCCAUCACUAUCUAAGAGGCUCAAUCACCAUCUUGGCAGCUCCAGAAACUCCACCAUCAUCCUGGAAGCUCCAUCAUCAUCAUCAUCAUCAUCAUCAUCAUCAUCAUCAUCAUCAUCAUCCCAGUAGCUUCAGCAGUUCCAUCUUCACUUCCACAGAAGCUCCAUCACCUUCCUGGCAGCUCCUUCAUCAUCUCAGUAGCUCCAUCAGCAUCUCCAUCACCAUCCCAGUAGCUCCAUUGCCAGGCCAGCAGCUCCAGCACCAGCCCAGCAGCUCCGUUGUCAUCCCAGUAACUCCAUCACCACCCUGGCAGCUUCACUGCCAUCCCAGCAGCUCUAUCUCCAUCCUAGCAGCCCCAGCAGCUCCACCUUUAUCCUGACAGCUCCAUCACCAUCCCAGUAGAUCCACCACCAGCCCAGCAGCUCCAGCACCAACCUAGCAGCUCCAUCACCACCUUGGUAGCUCCACCAUCACCCUGGCAGCUCCAACACCACCCCAGCAGCUCCAUCACCACCCUGGCAGCGCCAUCCCCACCCCUGUAACCUCAUUGUUGCCACUGCAGUGCCCCAGCAGCCUGGGGAGCCUGAGGCACGGGGCCGUGGUGUGAGGGCCUGGCGGGACAGUGGGGCCAGCGCCGAGGCAAGUGGCCGCCCCCAGGGCAUCAGCUGUGCCAGCAGAAGCUCCUGGCACGCCAGGCUCAGUGCCAGCGCCAUGCUCACCCACAGCAGCCCUGGAGGGGAGAGGAGGCUGGGGUCUGACUGCAGGCGUGGAGGGCAGCCCAUGGCACGGGGACCCCAGGACCCCCCCCCCCCACCAAGAGCAGGCCCCACAGCCCCUAACGCCUUGAGCCCCCCCGGCCGGCCCUGGGCAGCCCAAGCAGGUCGCCCCCGCGCCGCUGAGCCAUGCGGGAUCGUGCGGCCCCCUCCCCGCCAGAGCCAUGAGCCGCUACAAUGGGGGGGUGGCACGGCCCAGGGGCACCCUGAGCGCCUCCGCCCGCACCCUGCACUCGGAGGGGGAGACCCAACCCCUGCGGCCCCGACGACCCCCCAGCCUCGAGGUGGUGGUGUCACAGCCUGAGCAGCCUGGGGGGGCGGACCCCGGUCCGGCGGCGGCUGCGGGGCAGGAUGCGGCCGAGGAGCGGGGCCGGGAGCCGCGGAAGAACCAAAACAUCGGCUACAAGCUGGGGCACCGGAGAGCCCUCUUCGAGAAGCGCAAACGCCUCAGCGACUACGCCCUCAUCUUCGGCAUGUUCGGCAUCGUGGUCAUGGUCACGGAGACGGAGCUGUCCUGGGGGGUCUACACCAAGGAGUCGUCCUACUCGUUCGCACUGAAAUGCCUUAUCAGCCUCUCGACCCUCAUCCUGCUGGGGCUCAUCGUCAUGUACCACGCCAGGGAGAUCCAGCUCUUCAUGGUGGACAACGGUGCCGACGACUGGCGCAUCGCCAUGACCUACGAGCGCAUCUUCUUCAUCGCCCUGGAGCUGAUCGUCUGUGCCAUCCACCCCAUCCCCGGGCAGUACCUCUUCACCUGGACGGCUCGCCUGGCCUUCACCUACGCCGCCUCGGUGGCCGACGCCGACGUGGACAUCAUCCUCUCCAUCCCCAUGUUCCUGCGGCUCUACCUGAUCGGGCGGGUGAUGCUGCUGCACAGCAAGCUCUUCACCGACGCCUCCUCCCGCAGCAUCGGCGCCCUCAACAAGAUCAACUUCAACACUCGCUUCGUCAUGAAGACCCUCAUGACCAUCUGCCCCGGCACCGUGCUCCUGGUCUUCAGCAUCUCCUCCUGGAUCAUCGCCGCCUGGACCGUCCGCGUCUGCGAGAGGUACCACGACAAACAGGAGGUGACCAGCAACUUCCUGGGGGCCAUGUGGCUGAUCUCCAUCACCUUCCUCUCCAUCGGCUACGGGGACAUGGUGCCACACACCUACUGCGGCAAGGGCGUCUGCCUGCUGACGGGCAUCAUGGGCGCCGGCUGCACCGCGCUGGUCGUGGCCGUGGUUGCCAGGAAGCUGGAGCUCACCAAAGCCGAGAAGCACGUCCACAACUUCAUGAUGGAUACGCAGCUGACCAAGCGGGUGAAGAACGCUGCUGCCAACGUACUCAGGGAAACGUGGCUCAUCUACAAACACACCAAGCUGGUGAAGAAGAUUGACCAUGCCAAAGUUCGGACACACCAGCGUAAGUUCCUCCAAGCCAUCCAUCAGCUGAGGAGUGUGAAGAUGGAGCAGCGCAAGCUGAACGACCAGGCCAACACUCUGGUGGACCUGGCCAAGACCCAGAACAUCAUGUACGAGAUGGUGUCGGAGCUGCAGGAGCGCAACGAGGACCUGGAGAAGCGCCUGGGAGCGCUGGAGAGCAAGCUGGAGGCGCUGGGGCUGAGCCUGCUGGCGCUGCCCGGCUUGGUCAGCCAGGCGCUGGGGCAGCAGCAGCGGGAGCUCCUGGGGAGCUGGCACCCCCGCCUCUGCUCCGCCACAGCCCCCUGCACCCCCACCCGGCCCCCCAGAGCCCCUUCCACCGCCCCCCCCACCUCCUCGGACAGCGGGUGAGGAGGGGGUGUUUGGGUGGGGGGGUUGGGGAGUCGGGGGGGUGCCCCCUUGCCGCCCUCCCCCCUCUUAUGUCUGGCCAUCGUGUGGCUGAUCUCAGUAGCUUUGUUCUGUAAAGCCCUGUAUAAAUUUCCUGCGUUCACUGUG